AUGGCUCGCGUGGACGGACGUAUCCGCACCUGGGCCAAGGGUUUCCAUCCCAAAAAUCUUUCGUGCCAGCUGGACGGUGGUUUCCUGAACGGUGCAUACAACCUGGGCCAGAAGCUUGUCUUUGACGAUAAGACAACCUGGUUUCUCCGCCUCCCUCGAGCUAGCAGCAUUUCUCCAGAGUAUGCAGACGAGAAGGCGGCCAUGGAAGUGGAAGCCAUUCAUCUGAUCCGGGAGAAGACGUCGAUUCCCGUCCCAGAAAUCUACGCCUGGGGGAUUUCAGAGGAAAACCCACUCGGUCUGGGUCCUUUCAUGCUGAUGAGCUUUAUCGAUGGCGUCUGUCUUAAUGAUGUAUUUGCUGAAGGCAGUUCAAGACUGCUUAAGGAAGGAAUCCCUGAUGCCGAUAUCGAACACGUCUACAGGCAGAUGGCGCGCUUUAUGUUGCAGCUUUUCAAGAUCGAUUUCGAACGCAUGGGCAGCUUGCCCACCCCAAGGACGAAAUUUCCCGCGCCUAAUCGUCCACUCACAUGGAAGGUACACGAGAUCCUGAGGGCAGGAGGUGUCAAUACGUUUGGCGAUCGAAAUGAGGGUUUCUCUACGACUAGAGAAUAUUUGCAGUAUGUGAACAACCAAGACUGGCAACAACUACGACUACAACCGAAUUCAAUCGCAGGACCGUGGACUGCCAGAUCGAGCUACGCGUCAUUGAAGAUUUUACAGUCUCUAAUACCUGAGUUAACCAAUACUACCUACGACCAAGGCCCUUUCAAACUCAUCUGUGAUGAUUUUCGCCUAGGAAAUGUGAUUGUGCGAAGUAAGGAUGACCUUACAAUCGCCGGCGUAGUAGACCUUGAGUGGGUUUAUGUCGGCCCAGCUCAGUUAUUCGGUUCAGCUCCUUGGUGGCUCCUUAUGGAUCGCCCCGUUAACAGCGAGUGGGACUUCGAAGAGGGAGAGGCUCCGAAAGCCACUGAUCGCUACUUUAAAUGUCUGGAAAUCUAUAAGCGUGUGCUGGCUGAAGAAGAGGCAAAUAUGACAGKAGAUCAAGAGAAACAACUCUCCGAACUCCUCCAAUGGUCCGAAGACUCAGGUGCCAUGUGGCUGCAUAUGCUUCUGUCGAGCGGCUUUUUCGAUACGCCUAGCUUCCCUUGCAUGCAAUUGCGGAAGCAUCGAGGUGCUGAAUGGGAUACAGAGGAAGUGGAAACAUUUGUGACUAACAAGCUGGAUGAUUUAGCUGCAUAUGACAAGGUCGAGGAGAAGGUUGAACACUACAAAGCCCUCAUGGACAGCAAGGAGAUGACAACAGAAGAUUUUAUUUACACUGUUUCUACUCUUCUCAGUUCUAGUUGA